CCCCCCCCCUUCUCAUCGAGCUCCCCCUCCGCUGCCUGGUGCUCUGUGCCCAGGUGCAUGCUGGGAUGUGGAGGAGGAACGGCUUCUCUCUGAUCAACCAGAUUUAUUAUUAUCACAACGUCAAGUGUCGAGUAGAGAUGUUCGACAAGGACAUCAACAUGCUGCAGGCGGGGGCGUCCAUGAUGGAUCCAAACCACUUCCUGAUGAUCGUUCUUAGUCGAUUCGAACUUUUUCACAUUUUCAGCUCUGCAGACUGCAGGAAGAGAUACAGAGAGGCCAACAAGGUCAGUACUGACGCUCUACUGACACUCUACUGACGCUUGUACAGUCUACCAACACGCCACUCACACUCUACUGACGCUCUAGUGACACAUUCCUGACACUGUAAUGACACUCUA